AUGCGUUGCAAUGUACAGUUGAGCUUCAGCGAGACAGCAUCGCGAUGCUGUUCAGUUGGCACGGUCACACGCAGGCAGCGUCACUGUCGCCACAUUAGCUACGCGGUUUUAUUAACAACUACAAAUUUGGCGAGAACUUGGAUAUAUACAAUGGGAGGAGUGUGUUCUGGAGGGACGGUUAAGAAGAAGCCGAACAAUAGAUCAGUGGAGGUUGAGCACGAGAAGGCUUCAGGGUUUUCAGGAAAGCUCAAGCCAACGGGGAGUUUCGGAAAGAAGAAAAAUGACGAUUCUUACGCAUAUCCUGAUGAAAUGGAUGGUUUUGAGAAGGGGCAGCCCAAUCUAUACGACUCUGGUGAGCUGUACUUGUCGAUUUCAAGAGAAUUAAAGCCAUCAACCCCAGCUAGAACACCAGCAAACAAGGCACCUCAAGUGAGCUCAUUUCUUGGGAAGGCUGGCAUAGUGGGACUAGAGAAGGCAGUGGAAGUUCUAGAUACGCUAGGCAGCAGCAUGACAAAUCUGAACUCUGGCGGAUUUACAACUGGUGUGGCUUCUAGAGGAAAUCGAAUAUCUAUACUGGCAUUUGAAGUUGCCAAUACCAUUGACAAAGGUGCAAACUUGUUGCAAUCUCUUUCAGACGAAAAUGUCCAGUUUCUGAAAAAGGAAGUUUUACAUUCAGAAGGGAUACAACAGUUGGUUUCAACAGACAUGAAUGAGCUUCUUAGUCUUGCAGCUUCCGACAAAAGGGAGGAAUUUGAUGUAUUCUCUCGUGAAGUUAUCAGAUUUGGAAAUCUGUGUAAAGACCCACAAUGGCACAACCUUGAUAGAUUCUUUUCGAAGUUGGAUUCAGAUCCCGACAUUUAUAAACAACCAAGAGAAGAAGCGGAAAUGACAAUGCAUGAAUUAUCCACUUUGUCUCAGCAUACUUCUGAAUUGUAUCACGAGUUGCAUGUUUUGGACAGAUUUGAACAAGAUUAUCGGCAGAAGCUGGAAGAAGUAGCUACUUUACACCUCCCUCGAAAAGGAGAGACACUCACGAUGUUGCAAAGUGAGGUAAAACAUCAAAGAAAACUCGUAAGGAGCUUGAAAAAGAAAUCUCUAUGGUCUAAAAGUUUGGAGGAGGUGGUGGAGAAGCUUGUUGAUGUAGUUACUUUCAUUCAUCAAGUUAUUUCAGAAGCAUUUGGAGAUAAUGGGACGUCAGCUGGAAAGAUGUCCGAAAACAAAACAGAAAGGCUAGGUGUUGCUGGUCUUGCUUUACACUAUGCUAACAUAAUUACUCAAAUUGACAACAUUGCAUCACGACCUACCUCUCUUCCCCCUAAUGUGAGAGAUACAUUAUAUAAUGGGUUGCCACCAACUGUCAAAGCUGCUCUUCGCUCCCAGUUACUGAGAUUUGAUACCAAAGAAGAGCUCACAGUUCGUCAAAUCAAAGCCGAGAUGGAAAAAACUCUCCAAUGGCUUGUUCCAGUAGCCACAGAUACUACCAAAGCACAUCAAGGGUUUGGAUGGGUUGGAGAGUGGGCCAACACUGGUAAUGAGUUUGGAAAGAAAACGAGCACGCAAAAUAACCUGAUUCGCUUGCAAACGCUCUAUCAUGCUGACAAAAAGAAGGCUGACUCCUACAUCCUUGACCUAGUGACUUGGCUUCACCAUCUCAUCAGCCUUGUAAGAUAUAGAGAUAAUGGAUUUAAGGCUCUCCCAGCACGGUCUCCAUCUCGUAAGGGAUCGAGUGUAAAUGCAAAAACAUUUAGCAAUGACGAUAAGAGUUACAGAGUCCAACUUUCUCCCGAGGAUAGAAAUUUGUUGGAAGAGGUCAUGAAAAGGAGGGAGUUGUAUCCGGGACUACGCAAAACCAAAAGCCAGGAAUUCUUGACUGUGAAGAAGACCAAGAGUAAAUUAUGCGUAAGUAAGAGCACUGGGAGCUCUCCCCGGAGAGGAUUGGAACUCCCUAAGGCUGAUGUUCUGGACAUAUUAGACGGGUUAGAUUCAACAUUUGUAGCUCCUAGAGAAGAUAUUAGAUAA